AUGGCAGAAACCAGUAUUUCAGUGGCUCAGGAUCAGUUCAGCUGUUCUAUCUGUCUGGAUCUACUGAUGGAUCCAGUGACCAUCCCCUGUGGACACAGUUACUGUAUGAACUGCAUUAAAAACUUCUGGACUAAAGAUGAUCCAAGGAGAGUUUACAGCUGCCCUCAGUGCAGACAGACCUUCACUCUAAGACCUGCUUUAAACAAGAAUGUAAUGUUUACUGAAAUGGUGGAGAAACUGAAGAAGAAAAAAGUCCAGAUGGCUCUCAGUUACGCUGGACCUGGAGAUGUGAAGUGUGAUAUUUGUACUGAAAGGAAACGCAAAGCUGUAAAGUCCUGUCUGGUGUGUCUUGAAUCUUACUGUCAAACUCACUUUGAGUGUCAUGAGGAAUCUCAUUUAAUUAAGCGGCAUAAACUAACUGAUGCUGGACGAUUCCAGAAGAUGAUCUGCUCUAAACAUGACCGACUGCUGGAGGUUUUUUGUCGAACUGAAAAGCGAUGUGUUUGUUUGAUGUGUGUGAUGGAUGAACACAAAAAUCACGAUGCUGUUUCUGCUGAAGCAGAGAGGACAGAGAAACAGAAUCAGGUUGGAGAGAUAAAAGAAAAAUGCCAGAAGAGAAUCCAAGAGAGACAGAAGAAUCGUCAAGAGCUCAAAGAGGCUAUUAAGACUCACAAGCGCUCUGCAAAGGCGGCAUUGGAGCACAGUGAGAGGAUCUUUACUGAACUGAUCCGCUCCAUUAGGAGAAGCCACUCUGAGGUGACACAGAUGAUCAGAGAUCAGGAAAAGGCUGAAGUGAGUCGAGCUGAAGGACUCUUGGAGCCACUACAGCAGGAGAUUGAUGAUCUGAAGAGGAGAGAUGCUGAGCUGGAGCAGCUUUUACACACAGAUGAUCACAUCCAUUUCCUACAGAGUUUCCAGUCUCUCUCUGAACCUCUGGAAUAUACAGAUGUUCCCAGAGUUGCUGUCAGUCCUGUCCUCCCUUAUGAUGAUGUGAGAAAAUCUGUCUCUCAGUUGAAAGAAAUAUUGGAGGAGAUCUGUAAAGAGAAAACAGAACGGUUAUCUGGUGGAGUAACAUACAUCAACAUUUUUUCCAAUAAUGAACCCAGGACCAGGGAGGAAUUCCUACAGUUGACUUCUGAUCCUCGGAUCUGAUUGGCUGAGAGUCUUUCCCAGCCGUGUGAUGUUGUGUCGCCACGGGAAUCUUUUCAUCAAGUGACAUAGAGUGUCUGAGGGCGUAAGUACAGAGGUCCGUCCCCACCACAGUUAAGUAAAAAAUAUGAAUCUUUACAUCAUAAUAAUGAGAAACGUUCUCAUAAUAGUGGCUUAAUAUCUCAUAAUAAUGAGAAACUGUAUCAUAAUAAUAUCAUAAUAAUGUUACUUCUCUCGUAUCAGUGAGAAACAUUAUGUUACUUCUAUGCUUCCAUGCAUGCGUCAAGCAGCGGAGAAGAAGAGUGCGGCUUACAAGCGACAACCGCUGGUCAAAGCCGUGCAAAUGUACUAAAUGUAACUUAUUAACUGGUAACUAUUGGUUUUUGAGUUUCAAUGAGGGAGUCACACAGAGUGGAAUUGAGACUUUAAUAUCUUUUGGCAAUAAAAUACAUUUUAGACGCACAGCUAUUUUGUGCACAUUGCUCUCAAACACAGAAUAAAGAACACAUUUCUAUCUUCAGUUGAACGAACACCAGAACAUACUUGAUUGAAUAGUUGUUUUAUGUGUCUAUGAAAUGGCAGAAGCCAGUAUUUUAUGGGCGCAGGAUCAGUUCAGCUGUCCAAUCUGUCUGGGUCUACUGAAGGAUCCAGUGACCAUCCCCUGUGGACACAGUUACUGUAUGAACUGCAUUACAGACUACUGGACUAAAAAUGAUCAGAAAGGAGUUUACAGCUGCCCUCAGUGCAGACAGACCUUCACUCAAAGACCUGCUAUAAACAAGAAUUUCCCAUUCAGCCCUGCCAGAUAAUGAUAAACGAGCUUAGCUUGCUGUCCGAGAAGGAGGCUCGAACCCGAGGCUCGGCUCGAGCUCUGAGUAACAACCCCCCCCCCCAUGAUGGUACAGUGUGGAGGAAAAAAAGAUUAGGAAUUAGAGGAGGAGAAGUGGAGGUGGAGGGAUGCCGGAAGAACUGUUGCUCGAACGGAACAAUGGCUGCUGCUUAUAUACAGUUGUAGUUAUGAUUGACAGGACUGGAUGUUUAGGCUCCUCCCGAACCUGGAGUGUGGAGUGUGCUGUCUGCACUGGGAGAAAAUAUAAAGCCAUCAAGUGUCUGGAGUCUUACUGUCAAACUCACUUUGAGUGUCACAAGGCUUUUUGCACAGGUAAAUGACACGAGAUAACUGAUGCCUCUGGACGAAUCCAGAAGAUGAUCUGCCCUCUACAUGAUAAACUGCUGGAGGUUUACUGUCGUGCUGACAAGAAGUGUAUUUGUUUACCGUGUACGAUGGAUGAACAUAAAAAAUCACGACACUGUAUCAUCUACAUCAGAGAGGACAUAGAAACAGAAACUGUUGGAAGACACACAGAGAAAGUUCCAGGAGAGAGAGAAAGUGCUUCGGGAGCUGAAAGAGGUUUUGGAGACUCAUAAGCGCUCUGCCAGUACAGACAGUGAGAGGAUCUUUACUGAACUGAUCCGCUCCAUUAAGAGAAGCUGCUCUGAGGUGAUACAGAUGAUCAGAGAUCGAGAAAAGGCUCAAGUGAGGCGAGCUGAAAGACUCUUGAAGCAACUGCAGCAGGAGAUUGAUGAUCUGAGGAGGAGAGAUGCUGACCUGGAGCAGCUUUCACACACUGAUGAUCACAUCCAUUUCCUACAGAGCUUUCAGUCUCCCUGAACCUCCAGAAUCUACAGAACUAAUCAGUGUUACUGUGAGUUCUGUCCUUUAUGAUGCAGAGAAAUCUGUCUCUCGACUGAAAGAAAAACUAGAGUUAAGAGUCCGUAGAAAAUAUAUUUAGUCGAGAUUCCCAUCAGAUCUCUCUCACAGAGCAGGAAUUCUGUCCUUCUACAGCGUCUCUGACACAAUGACGCUCAUCCAGAGAGUCCAGACCACAUUCACUCAGCCACUGUAUCCGGGAUUUGGAUUUCUGAUCAACAGUGAAACUGUGUCAUCAAUAAAGUUAUAUAGUAUAAAAUCACUGAAUAAUCAAUAAAUAAUAAUCUCAUCAGAGGAAUCUAAUAACAGUGUAACUGCGAGAUAAGUGCAAAUAUGUCACUAUAUGGCAGUAAUUAUAUAAGUAUAAGCUUUGAUAUUCUUAUGGAGCCAAAAUUCAGGAACUCUCUCAAAACAGAUGCCAUGCAACAAAACAAUAAAACUAAUCUGGAGAAAAGAUCUCCAAAAAGAGCAAAUGACACCACCUUGCCCAAACUUCUCUCCUUGUUCAUUUAUGACCCCCCUCUCCCUCUCCCCAACAGACUUCACUGAAAGUUCACCAAGAAUAUCUAUCUAUA